GACUUGUAUUGAUAGUUUUGAUACCAAGCAAUCACAGUGUUCAGUUGGAGCUUUGGCAGAUAAGGCAUUAAUAAGUCUGUGAGUAACCUUGGUUAAUCAAAUGACUUGCUGACGCUUCCUUUCCGCCCCAAGUCAGCACCAUCAAGUUUAGUGUCAAAGGUUUACUACAAAGAGCAGAAGCCAGCAGUCAAGGCUCCCAUUUUGACCAGCCCCAGAACCAGCUACAUAUUCUUGAGCAAGGAUAUCCAGCAAGAGCCAUCAUGGUAAAGCUGCAGCUGCCAAACCCUGGCCUGGAACUGAGAAUACCUUCCCACAAGGAACUGGAAACCAUUGAGGCUACAGAGGCAGACACAAGACCCAAAUGGGAUAAUAAGGCACAAUACAUGCUCACCUGCAUAGGGUUUUGUGUAGGCCUGGGCAAUGUAUGGCGAUUCCCCUAUCUUUGCCAGAGCCACGGAGGAGGAGCUUUUAUGAUCCCUUUUCUCAUUUUGCUUGUCCUGGAAGGCAUCCCAUUGCUCCACCUUGAAUUUGCCAUUGGACAAAGGCUCCGGAAAGGUAGUGUGGGAGUUUGGAGUUCUAUCCAUCCCACCCUGAAGGGAGUAGGUAUAGCAGCAAUGCUUGUCUCCUUUCUUGUGGGCUUAUACUAUAAUACCAUUAUUGCCUGGGUGAUGUGGUAUUUCUUCAAUUCUUUCCAAGAGCCACUGCCCUGGAGUGAAUGUCCACUUAACGAAAACGGAACAGGUUUCUUGGAAGAAUGUGGAAAGAGCUCUCCUGUUGAUUAUUUCUGGUACAGGAAGACAUUAAACAUCUCCACUUCUAUCGAGGAUUCUGGAACUGUGCAGUGGUGGCUUCUGUUAAGUUUAACAUGCGCCUGGGGAGUGCUGUAUGUGUGCACGAUCAGAGGCAUUGAAACAACAGGAAAGGCGGUGUAUGUAACAUCAACACUUCCUUAUGUUGUGCUUACCAUUUUCCUGAUCCGUGGCUUAACACUGAAGGGAUCGGUCAGCGGAAUUAAAUAUCUCUUCACACCUAAUGUUGCUGAAUUGGCUAAUCCAGUCACUUGGCUUGAUGCUGGAGCACAAGUAUUCUAUUCUUUUUCACUUGCCUUUGGAGGUCUCAUCUCAUUCUCUAGUUACAAUUCAAUUCACAAUAAUUGUGAAAAGGAUGCUGUAAUUAUCUCUAUGAUAAAUGGUUUCACAUCCAUUUAUUCAGCCACUGUCAUAUAUUCAAUUAUUGGAUUCAGAGCAACAGAGAGAUAUGACGAUUGCUUUGGCCAAAAUAUCCUCACUCUGACAAAUGCAUUUGAUUUGCCAGAAGAUAACAUAACUCAGGAAAACUUUGAAAAAAUGCAAGCUUGGUACAACGCAACAGAACCAGCAACUUUUGCGACUCUUACAUUUAAGACUUGCAACUUGGAAUCAUUUUUAAAUGAUGGUGUUGAAGGAACUGGCUUAGCAUUCAUUGUCUUCACUGAGGCCAUCACCAAAAUGCCUGUCUCCCCAUUAUGGUCCAUCCUCUUCUUUAUCAUGCUGUUCUGCUUAGGUUUAUCAUCUAUGUUUGGGAAUAUGGAGGGUGUUAUGGUACCACUGCAAGAUCUCAAUAUUAUACCAAAGAAAUGGCCUAAGGAACUUGUAACAGGUUUGAUUUGUGUGGGGUCUUACUUGAUUGCCAUUAUUUUUGUGCUGAGGUCUGGAAACUAUUGGCUGGCUCUGUUUGAUGGUUUCGCUGGAUCCAUUCCUUUGCUGAUAAUCGCUUUCUGUGAGAUGUUUUCAGUUGUCUACAUAUAUGGUAUAGACAGAUUUAACAAUGAUAUUAAGUUCAUGAUUGGGCACAAACCCAAUAUUUUCUGGCAGGCUAUGUGGAGAGUUGUCAGCCCCCUCAUCAUGUUAGUUAUCUUCUUGUUUUACUUUGUGGUAAAAGUGAAUGAAAAAUUACAAUACAUCACCUGGGAUCCCGAUUACGAACUAUUCCCCAAAUCAAAUCCGAAACUAUAUCCUAACUGGAUUUAUGCUAUCAUUGUAAUCCUUGCGGGAGUGCCAAGCAUAGUGAUCCCUGGAUUUGCUAUCUACAAAGGCAUCCAAUGUUUUGUGAGGAGGCAAGAUCCUGGACGGCAAGAUCUGGUCAAUGCCAUAUCAGAGGCAUCAAUAAAUGGAGAACUGAAGAAUAAGGUGUAACUCACUCUCUCUCUCCUGAAGUGUUACAGAAAGACUUUUAAACACUGCUGUCCCCCUAUCCUGAGAUCGGACUACUGGAGCUGUUAAAAAGGGUCCCAGAGCCUAAAUGGGACAAAUAUACCUUGAAUGACUGUCUUUACCAGUUGUGCUGGUUUAACAGACGGUUAAUGCUGAUGCCUUUUUUUUUUACCAAACAUGCACCUGUGAUGCUCUCUUUCUUCCCCUAUGUGUGCCACCAUGUUGCACAAAGGUAAUAAUACAAAUAUGUAUUAUUAAACAAAUGGUAUUUGAGUGGGAUGUGCACACAGUUGUGAUUUAAAAAAAAACACCCUGUGAAUAUUUCAGUAAUUUCCUUUUUGCCUCAAAAUUGCUAGCAAGCCAUUCUGCCCAUUUUAGUUGAACUACAAAAGAAAUCACUGCUUAUAUAGAAGCAGCUGAAGGAACAAUUCCUUCUGAAUAAAAAGGAUGGAGGAGCAGACUAACAGACUUAGUGGAGCAAUGCAGAUGUUAAAAUGCUAGCUUUUUGCAAAUGAGGAGUACACUUCACAUUCUCUUCCUUAUCAAUGCUAAUGGUUGUCCUAAAAUGACGAUUUGCAACCAUGGUUUAAGUGGAUUUGCAAACUAUGGUUGGUAGGGAUGUUGUAAACAUUAACCAUGGUUAACAUUGGUAUGCAUGUAACUCCUGAAACUAGCCUUCGCCAACCUGGUUCCCUCCACGUGUUUUGGAUUACCAUCAGUCCCAGGCCAGAGCUUGGAAGUAACUAGUUACAAGUAACGAAUUACUUGUAAUUCAUUACUUUUUUGAGUAACGAGUGGGUAAUUCCUUUACAUUUUGAUUGUAAUAGAACUAGAAGUAAUUUUACUACUUUUGUGGAGUAAUUGUAACGUUUCCAGAAUUACUUUUGGGCAUUACUUGAGGGGGGGCAGGGGAAGUCUUCUGCCCCUCUGAUUUGUGGAUGAAAAUCAUGUGUCUCAAAUUGGGCUUCUGUGCAGUAUUGCUCUUUCCUCAUGCUCUGUGGAUGAGUAGGAGGCGAUGCAGGAGGAGGCGGAGAGUGAGACCGGGUGGAGUGGAGAAAACAAUUAUUUUACAAAAUGGAUAGUGGUGGUGAAGAAUGGAGUGGAGGGAAAAAGGAUCCGGAGGUCAAGAACAUGGAUAAAGGAGGAGGAGGAGGCAGCAGCAGAAUGGAGAUAAAGAACUGUGGAGGUGAAGUGUGAGUGUGUGAGUGUGAGAGAGAGAGUGAGAGAGAGAGUGAGAGAGAGAGUGAGAGAGAGAGUGAGAGAGAGAGUGAGAGAGAGAGUGAGAGAGAGAGUGAGAGAGAGAGUGAGAGAGAGAGUGAGAGAGAGAGUGAGAGAGAGAGUGAGAGAGAGAGUGAGAGAGAGAGUGAGAGAGAGUGAGAGAGAGUGAGAGAGAGUGAGAGAGAGUGAGAGAGAGUGAGAGAGAGUGAGAGAGAGUGAGAGAGAGUGAGAGAGAGUGAGUGAGAGUGUGAGAGAGUGUGUGAGAGUGUGUGAGAGUGUGAGUACUGUGUUUGCACUUGGCACACAAAGUGGCCUCCACCACCCUCUCUGGCUACUGUGCUGCAUUUGCAGUAUUUUAACUUUUUUGCAUCUCAGGGGAAAAUGUUUGCUUGAGUGAGUGUCCCUUAGUUGGUGGCAGGGCAGGGCCUGGGAGGUGGUUAAGUGAGAGAGAUUAUACUGGCUGGCUGAGUGGGGGGGGAUUGCACUUGGUUUGGCGUGCAAAGAUCUGAGUAGUGGCCUCAGCCUCCCUCCCCACCACCCUUACCAGUGGA